CUCUUCUCCCUUUCUCUCUCUCUCUCUCUUUGCGGGAAAGAAGAAUUAGUAAGUGUUUUUUUUUUCUGGUGGUUGUUGUUUCGUUUCGUUCUCUCAUCCUCAUCUUUACUACCUAAUAUUGUCCGCAAUCCUUCCUCGUUACACUCCUCUCCCUAACUGUGUCUCUGCGCCCUAUUUCUCGACACUGAUAUAUGCUCUUGAAAUAUCAUACUAAUUUAUUCAUUGCUCUUCUCUAGUUAACAUCGUUCUACCUGGGUGCUCCCUACUCCCAUCAACCCCUUCCCCCUGACGUGCGGGGUUCCCUUCAAUCCUGCAAUCCGCCCCGCCAUCUAUAAGCUUGAGAUACAUCCUCUAAUCCUGUACUGAUCCAAACACCAUGAGUUUCUCUAGUAUGUUCAGUAAGCUCUCAGGCCAGCCUGAGAGCUACGAGAAAAAAUCUCAGUAUAAAUUCGGCAGAACCCUCGGCGCUGGCACAUACGGUAUUGUUCGUGAAGCAGACUGUGCUUCUGGAAAGGUCGCGAUUAAGAUCAUCCUGAAGAGAAAUGUCCGCGGCAAUGAACGCAUGGUCUAUGAUGAACUGGAAUUGCUACAGCAGCUUGACCACCCCCAUAUUGUCCAUUUCGUGGACUGGUUUGAAUCCAAGGAUAAAUUCUAUAUUGUCACCCAGCUCGCCACUGGUGGAGAGCUGUUCGAUCGAAUUUGCGAGUACGGCAAAUUCACAGAGAAGGAUGCGUCACAAACCAUUCAUCAAGUACUCGACGCCAUCAACUUCUUGCACAAAAAGAACAUCGUCCACAGAGACUUGAAACCUGAAAAUCUCCUCUAUCUUACUCGUGAUAUAGACUCGGAACUUGUCCUAGCAGAUUUUGGAAUUGCGAAAAUGUUGGAAACCCCAGGCGAGGUCCUCACCAGCAUGGCAGGUUCCUUUGGCUAUGCCGCCCCCGAGGUUAUGCUCAAGCAGGGACAUGGAAAGGCCGUGGAUAUGUGGUCCUUAGGAGUUAUUACAUACACUCUGCUAUGCGGUUAUUCGCCUUUCCGGUCCGAGAACCUGACAGAUCUAAUCGAAGAAUGCCGAUCCGGCAGGGUUAUUUUCCACGAGCGCUACUGGCACGACGUCUCCAAAGAUGCAAAGGACUUCAUCCUCAGCCUGCUCCAGGUGAACCCCGCGAACCGGCCGACAUCCGAAGUUGCCCUGAAACACCCUUGGCUGAAGGGAGAAUCUGCCAGCGACCGCGAUCUGCUCCCCGAAAUCCGCGCCUAUAUUGCCCGCUCUCGCCUCAAGAGAGGUAUCGAGAUCAUCAGGCUCGCAAACCGCAUCGAAGCGCUCAAGAUGCAAGAAGACGACGAGGAUAUCCCCAGCCCCGUCGACAUGGCAGACUCUUCGAGCAAAACAACGCCUUUCCCAGCUCUCCCAACAGCGAAUGCAGCCUCGCCUUCGUCGUCAUCCACUGCUGGUGAACCUGGUACCACUAAGAAGCGUAGUCUGAGCAAGAUUGCGCGUGGUGCCAUCUUCCGAGAAGUCGUACUUGCCAAAGUCCGCGAGAUGAAGGAGAACGAGGAACUAGAAAGGGUUGAACGUGAGGCUCGCGAAAAAAGCAGCCAUUCUUAGUUCAUUUUACACAGGAGAUGGUUUUUGUUUUUUUUUUUUUUUUUUUUUUUUUUU